GAAAGGAGGGCUGGCGACCUGGAGAGGGUAGCAACGUGCAUGGCUUCCAGUAUCUGGACCAAGGCAAGUCUUUUCUUGAGAAGCACCGAAUGUCGUUGUCGACAUGGGCUUCGCUCGGGCUUCGCUCGGGCUACGGAACUGAUCCUGGCUGGAACAGGAUUAGGAUACCCAAGUGUUCCAUAACCCAAGAGAUCGCUCCUAGGCGGCAUCCUUCGGCGUACGUCUGUUGUUUUCGACGGCGAUUCCCCAUGGCCAAGCCUAUUAUUUGGAAAGAAACCAUGUCUGUAUUCUCUGCUCCAUCUCUCACCCUCCUCGUUCUGCUACCGCUCGCCUGCCUCAACCGAUGCAGACUCCCAGAAGCCAUGGGAGGUGGUGGCAAAGAGUACUAGCUUAGAAAUGGACUCGUACAGAGAUGAUUCCAACCCACACCUUUACAUC